AUGGGAUCCCACCUAAAUGCCUACACAUCUCGUGAACAGACUGUGUAUUAUGCCAAGUGUUUCAGCAAAGAUUUGCCACAGGCCCUGGAUAUUCUUUCUGACAUCAUCCAGAACAGUACUCUUGGAGAAGAGGAAAUUGAACGUGAACGUGGAGUCAUCCUCCGAGAAAUGCAGGAAGUGGAAACGAAUCUACAAGAAGUCGUAUUUGAUCACUUGCAUGCCACUGCUUACCAAGGUACACCUCUUGGGCGCACCAUCCUUGGACCUACUGAGAAUAUUAAAACUAUUAACCGCAAUGACCUCACAGAAUAUAUUUCAACACACUACAAGGGUCCACGAAUUGUGUUGGCUGCCGCAGGAGGAGUUGAUCAUGAGAACUUGGUUAAACUAUCUCAACAAUACUUUGGUGGGAUUAGUGCUGGCUAUGAGGGAGAAAUUCCUUUGACCAGUCCCUGCAGAUUUACUGGUAGUGAGAUUCGUGUUAGAGAUGAUGAUAUGCCAUUGGCCCAUGUGGCUUUGGCUGUUGAAGGAUGUGGUUGGGCUGAUUCUGAUAACAUUGCCUUGAUGGUGGCUAAUACAAUCAUUGGAACUUGGGACCGUACCCAUGGUGGUGGUGAAAACCUUGCUGGACGUUUGGCCAGUAACUCUGCCAAGGGUAACCUCUGCCAUAGCUUCCAAGCUUUCAACACUUGCUAUACCGACACGGGAUUGUGGGGCAUCUAUUUUGUAUCAGACAAACUCACCAUUGAUGAUAUGAUGUUCAACAUUCAGAAUGAAUGGAUGCGUCUAUGUAACAACGUGACAGAUUUUGAAGUGCAGAGAGCUAAGAACUUACUUAAGACCAACUUAUUAUUACAGCUGGAUGGUUCCACACCAAUUUGUGAAGAUAUUGGAAGUUUUCAUUUGAGAAAUAUGAUUUCCUCAAGGACAUUCCUAAGAUUUGAUCCACAUUUUACAAUUCCAACAUACAGACUUGAUUGCGUCAAGUUUCUCUCUUCUCCCCUCUCUCUGUAA